GCAGGAUUAGAAUAACAAUAGCAAGGGUUACCCUUUGUUAUGGUACUGAGAUCAGGAUAACAAGUUCUAUCCAAGUAGCAUUACAACUUACGCGCUGAAGACCGGAGGUCGCAGGGAAACUCGUGAAGGAAUAGAUUUUCCACGACUUCGGCACCAGAACGCAAUGGACGGUCUAUUACAAAAUGUGACGGCAUGGUGUCCAUCAGCAUUCGCCGGUGCGACGGGCGAGAUGUUUGCUGGAGCUGUAGCAGCAAUGGUUGCUGCGCAUUGCGCGUUUGUCGAGCCGUGGCCAGCGGAUAAUACGCAUGAAAUUUUGGAUAAAGCCGGAGAUUUAUCCUACGACUUCAUAGUAGUAGGGGCAGGGACAGCAGGUUCGCUGGUAGCCAGCCGCCUGAGCAAGCAGUGGUCUGUGCUACUGAUUGAAGCAGGCGGUGACCCGGGACUCGAUAGCGAGGUGUAUUAUCUCUAUGCAAUAAAUCACACGAUGGGCGUGACAAUACCUCGCCCGCGAUCCGUCCUUUUCUAAUUUUGAGAUGCUAUCGCGCCCAUCAUAUACUUACUACCAGAUCUCGUCCCAAAAUGCCAACAUAAAAGACUUGAAGUCCUGCAAAUCUUAUCGCCUUCGGCAAUUAACGGAACACUGCGAUUACUUACCCACAGCGUGAUGCGAGCUUUUAC